AUGAUAAAUCCAUUAUUAUGUACUACUACUACUACUACUACUACUACUACUACUACUACUACUACUACUACUACUACUACUACUACUACUACUACUACUACUACUACUACUACUACUACUACUACUACUACUACUACUACUACUACUACUACUACUACUACUACUACUACUACUACUACUACUACUACUACUACUACUACUACUACUACUACUACUACUACUACUACUACUACUACUACUACUACUACUACUACUACUACUACUACUACUACUACUACUACUACUACUACUACUACUACUACUACUACUACUACUACUACUACUACUACUACUACUACUACUACUACUACUACUACUACUACUACUACUGUAGUUUAG